CAGCCAGUCGUGGCUAUAUCGGACUGUGAUCUUCAGACCUCAUGGUCAUGGAUCUUGAUGGUAGAGUAUCGGUUAGUGUCAGUAUGAACGUGAGCGAGAAGGAAGCAGAGGCUUGCUCGUGCGGCUUCCACUACGACAGCGCCCACUCGGUAGCGUGUCCCAGCGCUUCAUUCUCUCUCUUAUUUGCAGUUCCUCCACCAUUGUCGUCCCCCGCGCAUAGCAAAAGUAGGGAUGAUGACAAAUCGUAUGACGGCUAUCCUUCCGUCGAUUGUACGCUUUCCUUGAGGACCCCAUCAACACGCCAAACAAUGGCCCCGUCCACAGUGAAUGUUUCUUCUUCCUCUUCUUCGUGCCCGCCUGCCACUUCCAAAUUUUAUUGGAAUCAUGUCCUCCAAGGCAAACAGCAGCAACAAGCCGCCGCCCUGGGAGGUGGGUCGCCGAGAAACGUAGGCGGUCGCGGGAGCACCAGCAAAGUCAACGUACGCCCUGAUCCUCUCCUGGCUCGUAGGUGUGCUAACUGCGAUACCACCUCAACUCCCCUGUGGAGGAAUGGACCUAGAGGUCCCAAGUCGCUGUGCAAUGCCUGUGGCAUUCGGUACAAAAAGGAAGAAAGGCGUGCAAUUCUCACGGAACGAAACGAUCAGAACAACUAUGCUAACCAUGGCUGGAGAUACGCAUCCCAGAUCCCGAACCAACCAAACUCAGCCUCUAUCGCCGGCGACUAUCGCCUUCUCGACAAUGAACACGGGCACGAGAUGAUCAGCGGUCCAUGCCUGUCUUGGCGCCUCAAUCUCUCCCCAGAUUUUCCGGUCGGUGACAUGACUAGCCUCGUUCAAGACAUGACGUAAAAUGAUGGAUGCGAGAGGUAUAGCUAGCGGGGCUGCUACCUACCAAGACCAAGCGCGUUCCAAUCAUUUGCUUUCUCCAUCAUGUAAUACGGAUCUACUGUUUCUUCUAAUUUCUCAAUUUUUGCCCUUCUAUAUCAAACUGGCCAACACCACUUUGGCGCCGCUACGUUCUAUGAAAAGGUGCUCGAGCGCCAAUUCAAUAACUUGGGUUAUCAGGAACCAUGGGAAUUAGAACCAUUUUGGUUUAAUUUCCUAUUCGACUGCAUGUUAUUAUAAGAUUCUGAAUUUU